UCGAAAGGUCAUGGGACUACGAAUGUAGUAUAAGUAUAUACAGGAUAGGGAAGUAUUAAUUCAGAUCAUUUGCUAUGGUGGACUCGUGAGGAUGAGGGUGCAGCUGAUUCCCAGUGAGGUGGGCAUCAUCGUCAUCGCCUGCUGUCUCACAGGGAUUCUUUGCUCAUCCAAUCAUUAUAUUGACUGGAGUGAAGCUUCCAAACAAUGCAAGUCAAAAUACGACUCGGAGUUGAUAUCUGAACAGUACAUAGCGACAGAAAACCUCACCGAAGAUAUUAUUCAGGAACUUGGAUUCAACAUUGCUGCCUGGAUCGAUGGGAAAGAGCAAGAGCUAGGAUGCAGAAAUGAUACUGGAACAUGUUUCAAAAUCAAACAGAUGCAUACAAAGAACGACAGAAAGAUGCCACGCGUCUGUGUAGCUAUAGGCGAUAUUGAUAUUGGUCAAGAGGAAGUGACAUAUGAAAAGGCCAAGGAGAUAUGUGAGCCGGUGAAAUUUAAAAGCAGUGACGCUGUGAAUAGUAAGAUAGCAGCACGUGUUGAUGACCUUUACCACAAAUCGACAACAUUUUGGCUUCCAAAUAUCGAACUCGAAAGCAACCGAGAUAUUACUUGUACAUAUGUAGUUUCUCGAGACAACGUAACACUGGAGACAAUGCAUGACAAUUGUACAAUUCCGAAGAUGGGGGUCUGCAUCAACACAUCUUACAUACCGGACUAUCAAAUGACGACAAUUUUAGAAAUCACCACUAUGACGACCGAAGUGCAAGAAAUUCCAGACACUGCACACGAAGAAAUUCCUUCAGCACAGCCGCAGAUAUUCACCGAGACUGGAAAUUGGAACCAAUGGGACAUGAAAACUCUUCUGCCCUUCGCUUUUAGUGGAUUUAACCUCAUUCUGUUUAUGACCCUAAUGUGCGUCAUGUUGGUCUUGUGGAAAAGGGUAACAUCAAAAUGGAAUCUACUUGCUAAAACGGCAAAUCCUCACACUCAUCACGACGCAGGUCGAUCUCAAAAGAAGUCCAAAUCAAAACACAAGGGAUUUCUGAGAAACAAAGAGUAUGAAGGUCUGCCGCAGGACUCUUCAGGCAACUCUACCCGCGUCAAAAUGGUACCGGAAAACGAUGAAAAUCCGUAUUCCGAAAUUUCCGGUAAAGGGGUUCCUUGUUUCGGUAAUGAAACUGGGGCUUUUGACACACCGGGUUAUGUCGAUAUGAGAGGAAUGCAAUCUCGUGGCGAUCCAUAUAGUUCUUUUAACAUCGGAAAGAACUCUACCAGAAAAAUCAACUCACGGUAUGUGAUGCACGGAGAUAUUGUUUAAAUGUCGGUUGGCCGAAAUCUGACUUCUUGAAACGCUUGGUGACGUCUAGAUGCCGAUUUUGCCCUGUAUAUGAACAAGAGGCCUGAUUCAGAUUGGAUUUUCAACAAAGCCGUUCUCAUUUUUAUUUUGCAAUUUGUUGAUAUCGAACAUCACCUUCGUAGAUAUUGGAAAACAUGGUUAGAUGGGUUUCUGUCUCGUUUUCUUUCUCAAUCGUUGAACACUUUUUGCGUGACAUAUGUUUUGUACUGAUUUUGUACUUUUAUUAACCAGAAAUAUAUCAUGUCUUAUUGUAUAUUGAUUAUCAUCACGUAUUGUCUUAUGAUUGGUAUAUGUUUUUACGUGUUACCUGUUCUAUAUAUAAUUUCUGAUCUACAUUCUGUGUAACUACCUACAUCUUUGCAUGCCCAUAUGUCGAAUAGGAGUAUGAAAUAAAAAGCUAACACAGAGACUGUCCACUACCCUGUUAAGAUGUAAAUAUUAUCUUGUGGGAAUUUCAAACUUGUAUAGUAGAAAUUUAACCAUUUUCUAACAGAACUUUAAAACUUUUCAUAGCAAAUACAAGUAUACAAUUGUAUAGUAUUUAAUGUUACAACUAGCAGCAUUUACAUCAUAAAUCAAAUAUACCAAUUCUAGUAUUUUGAAAAUGUUGAGAUACACGUGGGUUUUUUAACUUUCCUUGCACAAGGUCACACAUAAAAAUUUUGCUUUGUUUUGACAUUGAGUAUCAUAUUAUGAUUGAAGAGAUCGUGGGUAAAAAUUCA